ACGUAAGAUUGAACAUACGAAUUCGUAUUUUGGUAUUUACAAAGCCGUUCGUAGACGUUGACGUAAGUUACGAUUUCUUAAAUGUACGACUGUAUGUACGCAUGCGCUUUCGAUAGUUUCACUUUACAGUGCGCCAAUAAUUAUUUCGGUCGUCUGCGAAAAGAGAAGAAGAAUGGAUGAGGGAAAGAAGCCUAGGAAAGCAAAUUUUACGGAUUUGGAGGUGGAGGUGUUGGUGGACGCUGUGUCCACCAACUACAAAGUGUUGUACGGGAAGUUUUCCCCUUCUUUGACAAACAGUAUGAAGACGGCGGCAUGGGAAUCCGUUACAGAGAAGUAUCAAAUGCAAUUUUUCACUCAUGAUAAUUCGUUUAAAAUUAAAUUGAACGUUUGCUAUAUAUCUAAUAUAUCACUGAGUCCAAAGAAACUAAAACUUAUAUUAAUUAUUGAAAGGCACAUGUAUGUAUAUAAAUAUAGAGUGAAUGCAGUAAGUCUGCAGUGCAGAAGGGAAGUUGGCGAUAUUAAAAAAAAGUGGCAGGACCUACAGUCAGUAGUGAAAAAAAAGGAAUCUCAGAGGAGGAAGAGCAUAAGGCAGACAGGAGGAGGGCCCAUGGAGCUUGGGGCAUUCAAACCAUGGGAGGAGAAAGUUUGUUUAUAAUAUUAUAUUUUCAGGUUUACAUUGUUGAAGGGCAUGUCAAGAUUUAUGGAUUUUGUUGUUGUUUAACAUUAUUGUUUUACAUAUUGUCCAUUUGAAAGGUAAGUACAUGGUUUAAUGGACACUUGCUAAUACAGACCCAUGUUUUCUCUUUGGCUUUUUAUUAAUUGCUAGAAAUGUAGAAUAUAUGAUGUUGAUAAACCUUAAAUCCUGGCUGUCACAAUUGGUCUCUGCUGACUUAAAUAGAUAUGUAUUAAAUGUGUAGUUGAUGCCUUUAUAUCUAAGACAAAGCUGUAGUGUUUCAAAAUAUAUUGUCGGUGAAGGAUAUGGUAAAUGUUUGAAAGUUAAAAUUAGUUUCUCAGUGUUUUUGUGUGUAUUAAGUUAUAUAUCUUUGGUGUGUAUGUGACUGACUGUCU